CACCUCCGCAGCCUCAAGACUCCUCGCAGCAACCUCGGAAAAUGUCCGCCUGGGUCUGGGUGGUUGGUCUGGGCGCAACGGCCUUCUUCGGCCGCGCAGCACUCGUCGCAUUACGGAGAUCAGGAGGAGGCGCCGGCGCGCUGGGACGAGGUUUCUACAAAGGCGGCUUUGAGCCGAAGAUGACGAGGAGAGAGGCCUCGCUGAUUCUGGAGAUGCCGGAACGCGGUAUAACAAAAGAGCUGCUCCGUAAGAAGCAUCGACAACUGAUGUUGCUGAACCAUCCCGAUCGCGGCGGGAGUCCGUAUCUCGCGACCAAAGUCAACGAGGCUAAGGAGCUGCUGGAGAAGGAGGUAAAAUAAUAAUAUGCCAUGGAAGAGAACAUGGAAAGGAGAAGUGGGAGACAUGUAUGAAGACUUGUACAAUACAGAGACUGGUUCUGUUGCAUUGAGCAUGGCGUUGGUUUUGGUUAUAGGAGGAGCUGCAUGGCACGAAUCGCGAUGCCGUGUUCAGAACACGACGGAGGAGGAAAUCACCACUCGCGCUAUAGUGGAAGUUCAGGAAUGACAUGGCUAGGAUAUCCCCCACCAUUGCCUAUGACAUACCCCCGUUCGAAUUCGACCAGUAACUUUUCUGCCUAUGGAGGCACUGUGCCUUUUCGACCUAUGAGACAAGGAGAAGGGCAUCCAUCCUAAGAAGUGCAGAAGCGGGAUCGAUUUGCAGCGUCCUACCAAAUCUAUGAUUCGCUGAUCUCACAAAUCCGACCCU